AUGGAUACAAGUUGGAUAGAUCUACCCACUAGCCACCCUGAAUAUGUCGAUGGUUGUAUGCAAUUCAUUGCGUUUUCCAAGCAAGGUCUAUUCGAAGGAAAAAUUAGAUGUCCAUGUAAGAACUGUAAGGUGGAUAAAUGGUUCCCGGUUAAUGAUGUAGAGCGACAUAUUUUGUUUAAGGGGUUUUAUAAGUCGUAUAGAAAUUGGAUCUUUCAUGGUAAAGGGGAUAUGGUUCAACGUAUGUUAGGGAGUGAUGGAGGGAGUACUAGUGAAGGAUCCCUUGCAAGAGAGGAUGGUGAAUGGACUGAGGAGCCCGUGUCAUACGACACAGAUGUUGAAUAUGAUGAUUCUUCAAUAGAAGAAGAUGCGACAUAUAAGAAGCUACUUCAAGCUUUUGAGGAGAAAUUAUAUGAGGGGUGUAUUAAUUUUUCAAAGUUAUCUUUUCUUCUACACUUAUUUCACUUGAAGUGUAUGCAUCACUGGUCCAUUGAAUCUUUCAAUAUGCUCUUGAAGCUAAUUUUAGAUGCAUUUCCUCAAAUACUUGAUUUUCCCUCGUCUUAUUAUUACAGUAAGAAAAUGAUAAAAGACUUGGGCCUUGGGUAUGAAAAAAUUGAUGCUUGUCCUAAUGAUUGUAUGCUGUAUUGGGGCGAAUUUUUAGAGAAAGACAAGUGUCAUGUUUAUGGUAAAUCUAGGUGGAAAACAACCAAGGGUAAGAAGGGUGACGAUGUAAGUGAUCAAGGUAUGAAUACUUGUAAGAAAGGUGUGCCAGCUAAGGUAAUGCGAUAUUUUCCUCUUAUCCCAAGACUAAAAAGAAUCUACAUGUCAUCAGAAACAGCAGAAGAUAUGAGAUGGCAUGAUACAGAGCGAUUGGGUGAAGAUGAUAAGAAGAUUCUGAGGCAUCCUUCCGAUGCCUUAGCGUGGAAGGCAUUUGAUGAGCGUUAUAGAGAUUUUUCAUUAGACCCUCGUAGUGUUCGAUUAGGUCUAGCGAGCGAUGGGUUUAAUCCUUACCGUUUAAUGAACACUACUUAUAGUACAUGGCCAAUGGUGUUGAUUCCUUAUAAUCUUCCACCAUGGCUAUGUAUGAAACCAUCUUCUUUCAUUUUGUCCACACUUAUUCCCGGAAAAGCAAGUCCUGGAAAUGAUAUUGACGUGUAUUUGCAACCAUUAGUUCAUGAGUUGAAAUUGCUGUGGGGAGGGGUUGAAGCUUUUGAUGCUUUUGACGGAGUGAAAUUUAAUUUGCGCGCGGCUCUGCUUUGGACUAUUAAUGACUUUCCUGGCUAUGCAAUGCUCUCUGGUUUGAGCACAAAAGGUUACAAUGCAUGUCCUAUAUGCAUGGAUUUCACACCCUCUGAUAGAUUUGGGAACAAGAUUUGUUAUUGUAGCUAUAGAAAAUGGUUACCCGCAGAUCACCCAUAUCGACGUCAGGGUGAAAAGUUUUGUGAGAAGUUUGGAACUAAUGAGUUGGGUGAAGCCCCAUCUCGUCCCAGCGGCACUGAUAUAUUGAGGCAACAAGAAAAGGUCAAGUAUGUUUAUGGAAAGUCAAAGGCACCACCGAAAAAGAGACAAAGAGGACAUACUGAUAACAAUGAUGUCCAAGAUGAAAUUGUCUUUGGUACCAAGAGAAGCAUAUUCUUUGAUUUGGUGUAUUGGGAGCAUAAUCUUCUAAGGCAUAAUUUAGACGUUAUGCACAUUGAGAAAAAUGUGUCUGAGAAUCUUUUGGGAACACUUCUUAGUAUGGAUAAGAGUAGAGAUAAUAGGGAUGAUCGAGAAGCCCUUGAAGCAUGGAGAAUAAAGACUCACCUUUGGCUUAGUGCUGAUCAUAAUGGAAAUGAAUACAUGCCUCCAGCUUCCUAUUCUAUGUCUAGGGAGGAAAAAGAGAGAUUCUUAAAUGUUUUGCAGAAACUUAAAGUUCCGGAUGGAUAUGGAUCCAACCUUUCUAGUUGUGUGAUAUGA